AUGCCCCUUCUGCGAAGACGCCGAAACGGUGGAUCACCUAUUUGUUUUCUGUCACUUGUCUUGGACAAUUUGGAACAAGUUUUGUGGGCAAAGUUGUACUUCUUGGGUUAUUCCGGGAUCUUUAAGUCUUCUAUUUCAAUCUUGGAGUCAUCUUUCUUCAUCUGGUCGUUAUGGCUCGCAAGAAAUGAAAAAGUCUUCAAUCAAAAAGUUCUCUCAACUGACGAGCUGUUUAAUUUGAUAUGCAUUAGGCUUCAUUGGUGGUUAAAGGCAAAAUUUCCCCAAGCAGUCUGCAAUUCUAUUGAUGUUGGUACAAACUUACACAAUAUAUCCAUCCCGCGCAAGAUGAAAGCAGUCAAGAAGCAUAUUAUAUGGACACCUCCUCCUUUGGGUGCGUGGAAGAUUAAUGUAGAUGGCUCUGCAAUUGGAAAACGGGGGCCUACAGGUAUUGGAGGGGUUGUCGAAAAUCACAAAGGCCAGAUACUAUUGCUCUUCUCCAAACACAUAGGUAUACAAGACUCUAAUUUUGCUGAAUUACUUGCUGUUGUGGAAGCUCUUUCAAUCAUUGUUAGUCCCAACAUUGAUCACAUUCCUGAAAUCAUAGUCGAAAGUGAUUCCUUGAUUGUUACCUCGUGA